AUGCAGAAUGGAACAGGAUUUGAACCCAUGACCUUUGUAUUACCGGUGCAGUGCUUUGCACCGGUGAAGGAUGAUGAUGAUAACGAUGUGGAUGGUGGUUAUUAUGAAAAUGAAGUGGAACACAAAGAAGACAUUUUGACUGUCAUAAGGAGUGUUCUGGCAAAUCAAGAAGAGAAAAUGGAAGAGCAUGAGAAGAAAGAGAAGGAUCACGAUGAUGAUGACGAAGGAGGUGUUUAUAAUGAUGACGAUGACGGUGAUGUUAACGUUGAUGAUGUUGGUGGAAAGGACGAUGACGAUAAUGAAAGUGAACUGGAAGAUAAAGAGGACAUUUUAUCUGUAAUCAGGAGAGUUACUGCAAUUCUUGAGGGUAGGAAGAAAGAGCAAGAUGGCGGGGAUGAAGAAGAUGACGAUGACGACGGCAGUGGUGCUGGUGACAGUGGAGAUGAUAAUUACAGCAGUGGUGCUGGUGACAGUGGAGGUGAUGAUGAUAGUGAGGACGAUGGCGGUGAUCAUGAUGGUGGUUGUUGUGAUGACGAUGACGAAGAUGAGUGUGAAGUGGAACACGAAGAGGACAUUUUAACUGUCAUCAGAAGAGUUCUUGCAAAUCAAGAAGAGAAAAUGAAGGAGCAUGAGGAGGAACAGAAGGAAAAGGACGAUGACGAUGCUAAUGAAGAAGAAAAAUGCGACGACGAAGAUGAUGAUGAAGAUGAUGAUAAUGACGAUAACGAUGAUAAUGGUUAUGAAGGGGACUGUGAUAGUGACGGUGAUGAUGCUGACGACGAAGAAGAAGAACAAGACGAAAAACACGUGGAGAUUAAAGAAGGGGAACUGAAAGAUAAAGCGACGAAGGUUAAGGAAGAGGAAGUGGAAGAGGACAAGGAAACAGAAGAAAGACCGAAGGUCAAGGAAGGGGAACAGGAAGAGGACAAGAGAGAAGAAAACGAAGCGAAGCUUAAGGAAUGUGAGGAGGAAGAGGGAGAGGAGAUACUGCUAAAAGAACCACCAAAGAUUAAGAAAACGCGUGGACGACGCAAUAUCAUAGUAGGGUGGCUAUGCAGCAAAAUUAUUAAGGCCUUUGUUAAAAAGAAGGUUCUUCUGUAACUUGACUUCAGUUUAAAUCCAACCCAGUAGACUGUCUGUAAUUAUGUGUCGUGUAAAGCGGGUCCAUUUUGCUGUCAAAAAGACUUUGUUAUACAAUUUAAAAAUGACCUUGUAUGGCCACUUUGGAACCAAACCAGUGGACGUUCUGAAGUCCACUCUUUUGUUAUUACGAUUAAAUGUUAUCAAUUAAGUAGGUCAUCGUAGAGAAUAAAUCAAGUUUUAAAUGAAAGUAGUGUGUAACCUUUUUUCGUCUCGUAGCCUCUCCCUCUAUUAAGUCCUUGGUCUAGUAAGAGCCUAGUUUAGAAAUUAAUAUACGAUCAUUAAUACCCUAUGCGUACAAUCAAACCGAAACCAGGAUUUUGACUUCGCACAGGGCGUUGGGUGUUCGGCACCCACUGACCAAAAACACGUGAGCUCUGGGAACGAGAUUGACGCGGUCGUCGAUUUGAAUACCAGCAAUUUAAAUGUCCCCCUAAACGUAGCUGUCCUUGCCCACUUGCACCAACAGGAGACAAAAGAAGACUAUUCAUUCUUUUCAAUCCUGUAUACCUGUUAUGAU